ACUAUUUAUAAGUAAAUGAUGAAAACAUCAUUGAACAAACCAAAACAAAUCGAUAAUUUUGUCUGAAGUAAUUCAGUUUUCAAGGCUAUUAAGCGCAGCCUCUAAGCCGGUUCAACCUCAUAAUAACAUAUCGUUCUCAUAAAUGGUCCAACCUGUGAAUUGUAAAUUAAAUCAACUCAGGCCAAUUUGUCAUAUUUUCAAUCAAAUCCAAUGUCUAAGAUAAAUUAUUUUAAAUCUUUGAGCUUUAUGUUAACAAAGGUCUAGAGUUUAAUCUAUGGGUUCACUUGAUUUAACUCAACAAUCUGAAUGCUAUGAGAGCUCAAUUAGAAAGGCUCCUGAUUUCGAGCAAAAGCUUUACAAUCAAUUUCGUCAAUCUAAAUCAAUUCACACUCUAAAUGAUGUUUUAUCAAUGGGACUAACUGUUUCAGGCGAUGGUCCAUGUAUCGGCAAACUAGACGAAUCCAAUAGUGUCUACAAUUGGCUUUCUUACAGUUCAGUUUCAGAAAAGGUGGUCAAAAUCGGUCUCGGUUUGAGACAUUUGGCUACUUUAUCGGGAUCUAAGUUUAAAAUUGGCUUGAUUUCAACCAAACAUUUAGCUGAUUGUUUAAUAAUUGAAUAUGGUUGUUACUAUGGUGGCUUGACUGUUGUGCCUUUAGAUGAAAACAUAAGUCCUAAAGAUUAUGCUCCUUUAUUGAAUCGAAUGAACAUUGGCUGCGUCAUUGUUGAUACACCAGAUCGAGUUCAAGCUUUGACCAGUCAAUCUGAGUGUCUUCCUAAUUUAAAGUUUAUUGUAGUGAUAGAAAACAUUUUGGAAAGUUACCGAAGUAAAGCUAAUGGUUAUGGGUUAACGGUUAAAACACUUGACCAGGUUAUUGAGAUCGGAGAGGAAGAUCCUAUUCAUCCUGAGGAUAAAACAAAACCCAAUGAUGUUGCGCUUAUUAUUCAUCCCAAUAGUCUUACUAAUAAAGCUGAAGGAGUUGUCCUUAGCCAUGGAAGCAUUUUAUCCAACGCUAUUGCCAUUACUAUUAGAUUGGGUAAACAUGCUCCUACUCGAUGUGAUAUCCUUUUUUGUUACAUGCCCAUCACUAAAAUGAACCAAAGAUGUGUUCAGAUAGCUGUUUUGAUGGCUGGUGGUCGAUUAGGUUUCUCUGAAAAUGAAUUUAAACAUGCAUGGAAAGACAUGGAGUGUUUGAAGCCAACUAUUCUCGUUACUUUGCCAUAUUUAAUAAAGAGUCUUCAUGACAAGUUGUUUUUGAAAGUGAAAGGCAAUCUGAUUGCUGAAUGGUUUGUUAAGCGGUCACUAACUACUGUUGGAAGAUGCUCAGGUCGACAACGUUUAUCUGUAUGGCAAGCAUUUGUACUAUCAAAGAUCAGAAAUAAACUUGGUGGUAACCUCCGAUUGAUUAUUGUAACCAAGUCGCAUCUUCCAAGAUAUUUGAUGAACUUCAUAAGGCUAUCAUUAGGAGCAACUGUUUGUUCAAGUUAUGGUUUGAAGGAAACUUCUGGUCCAUGUACAAUGUCUUUCCCUGACGAUGAAUCAACAGAGCACGUUGGACCACCUUUACCCAAUGUAUCAAUCAAAUUGAUCUCAAUCAAAAACUUGCAAGAGCUUCAUUUAUCUGCUGAGAUUUGUGUUCAAGGGGAUAAUUUAUUUUCCGGGUAUUUGAUUGAUGAACAAAAUAAUCAAAAAGUAGAAGAUUGGCAUUCGACUGGUGACAUUGGUUUUUGGCGAGCUAACGGAACUUUGGAAAUAAUUGGUCGCGCCUGUGAUGUAGUAAAACUUAGCGGAGGAAAACUGAUUGCGCCGAGGAAGAUUGAAUCAAUUUAUAGCCAAAGUCAAUUUAUCAAUAAUUUAUAUCUUCAUGGUGAAUUGAAUAGGCCUUUAGUUGGUAUAGUGAACCCAACAAAAUAUUAUUUAACAAUAUGGGCUCGGGAAAAUAACCUAAAAGGCACUUAUUAUGAUAUUUGCAAGGAACAGAAAGCUCAUGAAGAAAUAAUUGCUGAUCUAAGAUCACUCGGAAGAAGACAUGGACUUGAACCUUAUCAGCAGAUAAAGAUAAUUACUCUUGUAUCUGAAAAUUUUAGCCCAAAGAAUGGUCUUUGUAACAGUGUUUUUCUGACCAACCGUCAGGCCUGUGCCACUAAAUUUAAACAAUUGAUCACUGGCAUGCAUAAUAUUGAUCUUAAAUGAUUGUUUGAUAAGAUUUCCAUGUGGAAAAUCGUUAAAGUCUUGUCAUAAUAAAAUAAAGAUCGACAUUGUUAUAUCUCA